AUGACCACUAUUGAAUUAGCAGCAGCAGCAGUAUUAGGAUCGCAGUUACUUGAUGCUAAAUACCAUAUUAAGGAUGACUUUUUUCUCACACAGAAGGUGUUAAGAGAAGCAGUCCCAUAUGCAAUUAAUUGCUACAGAGGAAGAGCCAGUUUCUGGUAUUAUUUCGAAAAAUCAGUAUUCAAAUACCCAAAAAAUAAGGCAAUUGUGUUCCCAAGACCCAAGAAGAAUGUUGAGCCAACGAAGGAUGAGAAUGGAGAUAUGAACUACGACAAUCUUUUCACAUUGGAAACGUACACCUACAAGGAAUUAUACGAUAUAAUUUUGAGGUUUAGUUAUAUCUUGAAGAAUGACUAUGGUGUGACAGCAGACCAAACUAUUGCAAUUAACUGUAUGAACAAGCCGUUGUUUAUUAUACUUUGGUUAUCGUUAUGGAAUAUUGGUGCAACACCAGCAUUCUUAAACUUCAACACGAAAGAUCAGCCAUUGAUUCAUUGUUUGAAGUCGUCGAAUGUGACACAAGUUUUCAUUGACCCCGAUUGUGCUGGCCCAAUCAAAGAGACCGAAUCGAGAAUUAACCAGGAAUCGCCAAAUGUUAAGUUGCAUUACAUUAAUGAACCUGAGUUAUUGAGAGUAUUAACAGACAAGUCAAGGCCAAAGCAUAGAGCUCCAGACAACACCAGAAGACCAGAGGAUACCGAUGUUUCUUGUUGUGCAUUAAUCUACACGUCAGGAACUUCAGGAUUACCGAAGCCUGCCAUUAUGUCAUGGAGAAAGGCUUUCAUGGCUGCCUCAUUUUUUGGUUAUAUUAUGAAAAUUGAUUCUAAGUCUAAUGUUUUAACAGCCAUGCCGUUAUACCAUUCUACGGCAGCUAUGUUGGGUGUUUGUCCGACAUUAUUAGCAGGUGGAUGUAUCUCUAUUUCCCAAAAGUUUUCUGCUACUUCGUUCUGGACUCAAGCCAAAUUGUGUCAGACUACUCAUAUUCAAUACGUUGGGGAGGUUUGUCGUUACUUAUUGAAUUCAAAGCCUCAUCCUGAUCAACAGAGACAUAACGUAUCAAUUGCCUAUGGUAAUGGUUUACGUCGUGAUAUUUGGCUUGAGUUUAAGAAGAGGUUCCAUAUUAAGGCCAUCGGUGAGUUCUAUGCAUCGACUGAAUCACCAAUUGCGACGACCAAUUUACAAUAUGGUGAUUUUGGUGUAGGAGCCUGUCGUAAAUAUGGUGGUCUUAUCAACUUGAUUUUAUCUACCCAACAAUCUUUAGUUAAAAUGGACCCAGAGGAUGAAAAUGAGAUCUGGAAAGAUCCGAAGACUGGUUUUGCUACUCGUGCUGAUCAUGACGAGCCUGGUGAAUUGUUGAUGAAAAUUUUGAAUGCAAAAAAUCCAGAAGGUACAUUCCAAGGUUACUAUGGUAAUAAGAAUGCUACUUCGUCUAAAGUUAUCAGGGAUGUCUUUAAAAAGGGUGAUGCAUGGUUUAGAAGUGGUGAUUUAUUAAAAAUGGAUCAAGAUGGUUUAUUAUAUUUCGUUGAUAGAUUGGGUGACACUUUCCGUUGGAAAUCAGAAAAUGUUUCAGCAUCUGAAGUCGAGAACGAAUUAAUGGGUUCCAAAGCUAUCAAACAAUCAGUAGUUGUUGGUGUCAAAGUCCCUAAUCAUGAAGGUAGAGCGGGAUUUGCAGUCAUUGAUCCGUUGGACGAAUUUAGUGACGAGUCAAAACAUAACGAAGUUUUAGCUAAAAUUUAUGAUCAUGUUUCGAAAACGUUACCAGGAUAUGCUGUUCCACAAUUUAUCAAGAUUAGUGGUGAAAUUGAAGCAAGUCACAACCACAAGGUUUCAAAGAAUCAAUUUAAAAACCAAAAGUUACCAAAGGGAGAGUCCGGUAAUGAUGUUAUCUAUUGGUUGAACAAGACUAAAUAUGAAGAAUUAACCGAAGAAGCUUGGGGAAAGAUCAUGAAGGGAGCAGCUAAAUUAUAA